UUCUUCAACGCCGAGCUAUAACGCACAUACACAUACACACACACACACAGAAGCAGCUCGCUUUUGCUCUCAUGGCUGACAAGAAAUCAUCAGAUAUUGGAGAGAACAAAAUCCCCGUGUUUACGGUCCUGAAGAACAACGCCAUUCUCAAGAACAUCUUCGUUAUCAACCAACCUCCUCCGUCGAUCUUUGGUCUCAAAUCGAUCCACCCAGAAGAAAAUGUAGAACCUCAAGUUCAAGAAUGCGAUGAAAUCUUGCUCGUCGGACGGCACCCAGAUUGCAACAUUGUACUGGAGCAUCCCAGCAUAAGCAGAUUCCAUCUCCGUAUCCAUUCAAAACCCUCCUUACAGAAGCUCUCUGUGAUCGAUUUAUCCUCAGUUCAUGGGACAUGGGUUUCAGACAAGAAGAUUGAAGCAGGUGUUCUGGUGGAUCUGAGCGAAGGAGAUACAAUGCGUUUGGGCAGUUCAAGUAGGGUCUACAAGCUGCACUGGCUGCCUGUGAGCCGUGCUUAUGAUCUCGAGAACCCGUUUGUUCCGGAUCAUUUUAUCGAUAAUGAAGAAGCCCAAGAGGAGGAAAUAUUUCAGGAUGGAAAUUCAUUUUCUGUUGAAAGUAAACAAAUUGAGGCACCCAGUAUAAUCCCACAAGCCGUUGAAUCAGAAUUUUCUGAUGAGAAUUCAGAAUCUUUUGUGAAGAAAUCAACGCCAUCAGCACCAACAAAGCCACAAAACAUGAGUGUCUUUUUAUUUGAGGAAUUGGAAAACCAGUGCCCACUAGGAAAAGAGCAUGGAAGGAAGGACAUCACAAGCUUCAGCUCAACACCCUCUGCACCCCCAAUGCCACAAAACAUGAAUUCCUUUUCAUUUGAAGAAUUGGAAAACAAGAGCCCAUCAGAAAAAGACCAUGAAAGCAAGGAAAUCUCAAGCUUCUGGUUACCCCCCUCGGUGGCAGAACCUGCUGGAACACCCUUCCCCGAGACUGAAAAUCAAUUUUUUGACGAAGAAAACCAUCGCCCUCCAUCAUCUUUUGCCCAAGAAGUACCAUCCGAAACAGAAGAUCCAAAGAGCUCCACAAGGCUAUCAGAGCAAGAGCCCGACCCGCUUGAAAAUUUGGGGACUUCACUAUCUGAUGGAGUGCAAAAGAAAGAAAGCCAGAGCCCGCUGAAGAAAGACCAUGAACAGAAUGAAAAAUCAGCUCACCAUUCUGUACAGCAGAUUGCAGAAUCUUUAAAUUCAACUUUGUCUGGUAGGACUGCUCAAUUUGACAAGAAAAACCAAAUCCCCGAUUUUCUGUGUGCCAAAGAGGCAUCGUCUGAAAGAGAGAAUUUAGAGAGCCCUCCAAUAAGAUCAGGGCCAAAAACCACCCUGCCAAGCAUUUGGUUGAGGAGAGGUAAACCAACUAGCGUUCUUGAGCUUGAAACCAGUAGGCGUACAGGAAAAUAUACAGCAGUUGGUGCUAACGCAGCAGUAGAACUGCUGAAGCAGGAGGACACAGAAAAUAAAUCAGUCUCGAAGGCUCUUUUCCACAGUUUGGAUGGGGAAGAGGAAAACUUGACUCCAGGCGAGGAUGAUUUUACCCCAAAUACGCUAAUAAUGAGGUCCAUGAAGAAAAUGGGUAAGUUGGAAGAAACUAAGCAUUCAAAGUCGUUAAAGUCACCCCCCUUACAGGUUGCUGUUACCCCAAAUAUCCAUCUUGAAGAAGAGAUGUUUGCCUCUUCAAACAAAGAAAAUCAGACUCCACAAGUACUCCAGGAACGAAAAUCAGGAAGGUCCAUCUCUAGGAAUCAAGGAAAAUUGGAAACUGAGGUGAUGGCAUUGAAGAGAGCAGAGAGGGUGCCAUUCCAGUCACUAUUUGUGAAUUCUACUUCCAAAAGCAAGUCAGAAGCUUCUGGCCUUCGUGCUGCUACAAGAAGCAGCAAUUCUGUUAACCGCACAAAAACGACUGAGAGGAUUAGUAACCCCUCUUGCAACAAUUCUGUUGGAGAGGGAAAGAGGAUCUGGAACAUGGUGGUGGACUCUACUUGUCUUUUGAGCAAAGAAUCAAGGAAAUCACUGCAGCUUUUGCAGGGUCUCAGGGGCACUCAACUAAUCAUUCCAAGAAUAGUCAUAAGGGAACUGGACUGCCUGAAGCGACGAGGUAGUCUGUUCAGAAGAACAACAGAGGUAUCUUCAGCAUUAAAAUGGGUUGAAGAAUGUAUGGUGGAAACGAACUGGUGGAUUCAUGUGCAGAGCUCAGUGGAGGAGGGAAGGCUUAUUGCACCAACUCCUCCAGCAUCCCCUCGGUCCCGAUUCAGUGAUGGAAGUGGGGGUUUUCCUGUAGGGACAACAACCUCGAUGCCAUUUUCAACCUUCGGGAGUUUGAUGGAAAUAGUAUCGCCGACGGCUGAAGAUCAUAUCCUUGAAUAUGCUCUUCUGUUCAGGAGAAUCAAGAAUGUUGGACGUCUUGUCCUUCUUUCAAAUGAUGUCACUCUGAAGAUCAAAGCCAUGGCAGAAGGAUUGAUAUGUGAGACACCAGAAGAAUUCCGUGAGAGUCUAGUGAACCCUUUCUCUGAGAGGUUCUUGUGGGCUGACAGCUCUCCCCGAGGGCAGACUUGGUCUUGCUUAGAUGAUGCUGUUCUGAGGGAGAAAUACAACAACCGCUGUUCCUUAAAAAGACCAUUGAAGGGGGCAGAAGCUGCCAAGGGAUUGAAGCUCAUUCUGCGUCAUAAUUCUCAUUAUGGGCAGAUCAGUUCAGUCAGCUAAAUCAGCUUGUAUUUUUCAUCUGCAUUAAAGCCACCAUUCUCAACGAUCAUGCUAAUGAAAAUGGAGCUUCUUCCGGUUUACAUUUGCCCUGGGAAUUUAAUGACCUCAAUUUGUUCUGUCACUUUGCAAAUUCAUGCGCUGAGAUGUUUGGUUACAUUUGAUUUGUAAUGGAGUAGAGUAGAAUGGAAUUUGAAUGAAAAAUAUAAAGAAAUCAAGUAACAAAUUCAAAUUCAAUACCAUUCCUCCAUUCAAUCUCA